GGCCUGCAGGUAAUUGUUCCCCACCGUCGGUCUGCAAUGAGCCACGUUUGUCUGGAACUCCAGCAUCACCACAGUCACCAGCUGAGUCCAGGGAAGUGGACUCAGAUUAUGCUCCUCAGAGCGAAGUCAGUUUUUCAGAUUCCCGAUCUGAUAGCGGCUCUUUGGAUUAUCUCAGUCGGAGCAAUACAGCAAGUCCCACAAACAACAUUGUGAAAGAAGAGGAAAUAUCAGAGGACACUUUGUCUGAGGAAGAAUAUGCCAGUUCUUCAAAAAAGGCCUUAAGAAAUGUCAAGAAAAAGAAGAAGUCUGGAAUGGUGGUGGUUCAAACAAUCAAAAGAACUGCAAAAAGUCAUAACAGUAAGCUAAAUUACUGUCUGUUCUGUGGGAGACCCCUGACCAAAAUGGCAAGGCACCUCACAGGAGUCCAUGGCGACCAGGUUGAGGUCGCGGUCGCAUUGCAGUAUCCUGCUAAUUCAAAGGAAAGGAAAAAUAUAUGGCAAAAGCUAAUCAACAACGGGAACUUUAAACACAACAAAGAUGUUUUAAAAACGGGGAAGGGACAACUCGCUGUACGAGUUAGAUCCAGUAUUCCCAGUAAUGCUACGGAUUAUGUUCACUGUAUUUACUGUUAUGGUCUCAUUCGUAAGCAGCGUAUGCACAUUCAUAUGAAAAGAUGCACCCAAAAAAUCAAGAAAGAAGACAAUCCGCAGGAGGGACGAAAGAGGAUCAUAUCACAAUGUGCUCUUUUGACUAAAAACUGUGAGGGUGUUAGUGAGGAUUUCAAGAAUCUCCUUGGCAAGAUGGUGUAUGACAAUGUGACAGAAACUGUCAUGGAAAACCGGAUUAUGUUACAGUUUGGAGAGCAGAUGUUUGAGGAGCAGAUGUUAAAUAAGAACACUCAAGAUGUAAAGAAGCAGGAGUAUGUCAGGCAAAACCUUCGACAUGUUGCAAGACUUCUACUUGAGGCUCAAAAGUCAACCCCGAUGCAGAGUUUGGAGGACUUUUUUAAGCCUUCGAACUUUAAACAUGUGGUGUUUGCUGUGAGGGUGCUGACCGGGUAUGACCCGGAAAAAAAACUCUACGCCAGAGCAUCACUGGCCCUCAGACUCGGAUACCACCUUAAGAAAAUCUGCGGCAUCAUUGAGCGCAAUGCCCAGAGUUGUGGCGAUACUAAAGCCGUGAAGUCUUGUCAAAUUUUCCUCUCCUUGUAUCACAAAAAAUGGACAAAGCAGAUAACCUCCUGUGCGUUAUCGAAUAUCAAAGACAUUAAGAGGGAAAAAGCAAAUGAGGUGCCAUCUGUUCAAGACGUGAAACGUCUGCAUUACUACCUGGAGACAGUUCAUCAGGCGGCAGACAAGAAGCUUCGUGAGAACGUCUGUCCAGAGAACUUUGCAGCUCUGGCCAAGGUGGUUCUGGCUCGGACGAUAGUUUUUAACAGGAGACUUCCUGGAGAGGUCUCAUCGCUUACAGUUGAGGCUUUCCAGUCACGGAUACGUUCGAAUGUUUGCGACGACAUGGACCUGUCUGUCUCAAAGCUGGAAAAGAAACUCUGUUGUUUGUUCAGUAGGAUUAACAUCAGGGGGAGCUGUGGCAGAGUUGUACCCAUUAUUCUAAAGCCCUCACUUGAGUCGUCCUUGGAGCUUCUGAUAGAGGUCCGGGAAGCCUGCAGGAUUCUAAGCACAAACCAAUACUUGUUUCCUCGACAACUAGCACCAACACCCCAUAAAGGGACGUUCUGUGUCCAGAUACAUGCCAAAAAAUGCGGCGCAGAGGACCCUUCGACACUUCGAGUGCUAAAACUCAGGAGACAUUUUGCAACUUUACUUCAACUGAUUAACCUGGACGAUGAGGAGGUCAGACAAGUUUUAGGCCCCAACAGUGACAUCCAAGCGCUGCGGCAAAUCAACAACACAAUGUGUGAUGAUUCCCUACUGGAAUCUGGAGGACCACUGGAGUUUUUUCAACAACGCAGAGGAUCGGCUAGCUGCAGUUUGGCUGACGCAGAAAAAAAACGAAGAGAAGGAUUCCACAGCAAAGCCAAACUUGCAUGGAACAAAGCAGAGGCUGAAGCCGUAGAAAAACACUUGAUGACUUUUAUUGAGAAGCAUAAAAUACCACAAAAAGAAGACUGUUUUCGGUGCCUAGAGGCUGAGCCAGAAGCACUGAGGAAACGUUCCUGGAGGGGCGUGAAGGACUAUGUCAGAAACCGGAUCACAGCUCUGCAAAGACGAGCUGGUCUGUCUAAAAAAACAGCAAAUUCAAGAACUGACACCAGCAAGCAUAUACCAAAGCAGAGUUCUGCACCACCAAAGCUUUCAGAUGGAGAGAAGAAAACCAGAGAGAAUCCCAGUACAGGUCCCAGUUCAGGAUCUGGUCCCAGUUCAGGAUUUGGUCCUUCAGUGUUUCAUAAAGAAAAAGGGUCAGACUUGCGUCACAAAGCCAAGCCGAAAUGGGACAGGGCAGAGGUCCAUGCCGUAGAGAAGCAUCUGACGCGUUUUAUUGUAGAACACAAGCUGCCCCAAAAAGACGACUGUGUCCGAUGCGUGGAGGCCGAGCCGCAUGCGCUGAGGAACCGAACCUGGAGAGGAGUCAAGGAUUACGUCAGGAAUAGGAUCACUGCUCUGCAGAGACAGAGCGGCUUCUCCAAAGAUCAGUCAAAGACCAAGAGCCAGCUGAGGCAGGGGGCAUCACAGAGCUCUGGAACAUUCCAAUCUCCAAACGGACAGGAAGCAGUUUUGCAGCACUACAACUUAUUCCCCAGUUGCAGCUUUGGUCCAUCAAAUCUUUAUCAACCUCUAAAUAAUGGAGUAACCUCAAGCUACAUCAUGAAUGCUCCUCCCAAGUCUAGUAGUUCAAAAGAAAAAGCCCCUGCAGGUACGCAUCCGAAAUCCAAACGUACGUGGAACGAAGCAGAGGUCUCGGCCGUGGAAAAACACUUGCUGAGUUUUAUCACAAAGCAAAAACUGCCUCACAAAGACGACUGUGUUCGUUGCCUAGAGGCUGAGCCGCAUGCUCUGGAGAACCGCUCCUGGAAAGGUGUGAAGGACUACGUCAGGAACAGAAUCACUUCCCUACAAAGGCAGAGCGGCAUUUUAAGGACUGCUCCGAAAAGCAACCGAUCCAGGAAAGACGAACCACAGCAGAGUUCUGGACAUUACCACCAGCUGUAAUCGUCCAAAACCUUUUGUUUUGUGAACAUUUGUUUCUAUGUUCCAUUCUUGUUGGCUCAAUGCAUACUAAUGUUGAUGUUUGUGUAGCUUCUGUAUGUAAUUCACCCCAGCUUGUUAGACCCCUCCAAUUAGAAAGGCUGAAAUAAAAGACUUAAUAAUUGCUCCAACCUGGGGUUUCCACAUCCAGUUCUCGUUAGCUACUCUCCUGCAACGUUCAAAUUAUUAUUUGCAGAUGUUUAGUAAAGUACAGAAUAAUUUCAGUUUCUAAAACAUAAGUUUAAAGUUGUUUUUAUAUACCGCACUGUUGAGUGGUGCUGUUUGACUAACUUAACUGUAUUUGAUUUUUGUUUUACGUAAAAAAUCCAGAUUGUAAAAGAGUUUCUGAACUAAAAGUCACUAUUAUUCCAGAAAGCUACCCGAAGUCACUUUAUGUUAUCAACGGCAUGAGCCAGAUGAGUUUGAUUGCUGUUUUCACUAUAAAUAUUUUUAGCGGGUAUGUUUUUAUACAGCAGUUGUGUAAUUAAAUGUUCACUAUU